GGUUUUUCUACGGCACCAGAUUCUAUUUCUUGUCAAAGACACCCAGCCAGUACUUUGGGUUCAAGUAGUAGUACUACUAGUACUUACUUACUAGCAAAACCAGCUUCAAGCCUGGGAUCAUCAAUCGUCUUCUUCAUGUGCAACCUCCGCCAAGACAAGCAUUCGCUCGCUAACGUCGACGCCGUCCGAGUGUCCCACAUCGACUUGACCCUCGCUGCUGACUUCGAGCGUCGUGCCUUGCACGGCCAUGUCGCCUUGACAUCGUCUCUCAUUUCGCCUACAAACACGUUUGUCUUGGACUCGAAAGCUCUGGUCGUCCACCGCGCCACGGUCGACGGUGUGGAUGCAUCCUUUCGCCAUGUGGACGACGCUGUCUUCGGCACCGCGCUGCAUGUUACCCUUCCUGCAUUGGCCCUAGGCGUCCCGUUCACCGCGCGCAUCUACUACGAGACGACUCCGGAGAGUACGGCCGUGCAGUGGCUGCCCAAGGAGCAAACGGCAGACAAAACCCACCCGUACCUGUUCACGCAAUGCCAGGCCAUCCACGCCCGAUCGCUGCUUCCGUGCCAAGAUUGUCCUUUGGCCAGCUCCACGUACAGUGCCGCGAUCACGGUGCCGUCAUGGGCCACGUGUUUGGUGAGUGCCGUGGCCCGCGCAGACCCGGUCACCACUGGCGACGUCACGACGUUCUCGUACCAUCAAGCUAUCGCAGUGCCGUCAUACCUGAUUGCGAUUGUGAUCGGCGCGCUUGAAAGCCGCGAGAUCGGGCCGCGCAGCCGCGUGUGGUGCGAGCCGAGUCUUGUAGACGCUGCCGCGUACGAGUUUGCCCAGACCGAAUCGUUCCUCCAGCACGCCGAAGCCAUCAUGAAUCAAGCGUACGUGUGGGGGCGGUACGACUUGGUGUGUCUGCCGCCGUCGUUUCCGUUAGGGGGCAUGGAGAACCCUUGCUUGACGUUUGCCACGCCGACACUCCUCGCCGGCGACCAGUCGUUGGCGGACGUGAUUGCCCAUGAGAUUGCGCACAGCUGGACGGGCAACUUGAUUACGAACCACACGUGGGAGGACUUUUGGCUCAACGAAGGCUGGACCAUGUGGCUCCAGCGCAAGAUCAUGGCGCGGAUUCACUCGCCACUUCACUUUGAUUUUGACGCGAGCAUCGGCUGGAACGACCUCCAACACUCCAUCGACCGGUACGGCGCCGCGCACGAAUUCACCAAACUCGUUCCAACGUUGGACGGAUGCGAUCCCGACGACGCGUUCUCGAGUGUGCCGUACGAAAAGGGCUUCAACUUUCUCUACUACCUGUCCAAGGUGGUCGGCGACGACCAGUUUGAGCUGUUUGCCCAAGCCUAUGUCCAGCAUUUCAAGUACAAAACCGUGACCAGCGACGCCUUCAAGGCGUUCUUCAUUGGCUAUUUCACCCCCACCAAGGCCACGGAACUGGCUACGAUUGACUGGCAGACGUGGUUCUACGGACCUGGCAUGCCCCCCAAGCCUGCCUUUGACACGACCAUCAGUGCCGCGUCGGCGGCGUUGGCCCAAAGUUGGCUGCAAGGGGGGACGACUACUGCGAACCGGGGCGCCGAUGACGUGGCAGGCUGGACGUCGUCGCAGGUGGUUGCGAUGCUGGACGCGCUCCUCGAAGCUGGGGCGACCCGCCACCAAUAUUUGGACGUGGAUGUGCUACAAUCGCUGGGGGACGUGUACCACUUGGUAACGACCAAGAACGCCGAGAUCCGCAUGCGGUUCCAAACGCUGUGCAUCCGGUCGGAAGCGGCGUUUAUCUUGCCAUAUGUGGAAGCUUUCCUCAAGGAACAAGGCCGGAUGAAGUUUGUCCGGCCGCUGUUUCGGGAUUUGGUCAAGUCCAAGAUUGGCGAGACCCAUGCGCGCCGCAUCUUUGCCGAAUGGAAGGGCUAUUACCAUCCCAUUUGCCGCUCCAUGGUGGAGAAAGAUCUGGCGUAGCUAGGGGGAGUGUACGUAGAACCAUGCCACAAUGUGUCGCCAUGUUGUUGAGUUUGAGCCUAACUACCGUUAACGGUAACGUUAGUUACAGUAGUAUGAUGUUCAAGAAGGCAAAGUGGAUGAAUUCACCGAUAUCGAGAUGUAAGAGUUGUGAAGUUUGCAAUCAAAACGAUUUACGACGUUUGGG